AUGUUCCAGUUCGGAAACAGCUAUGAACUUCAGAAAAAUCAGGGAAAUUUGACUGAAAUUCAAACUUUUUCAAGUAGCCGAUUAGCAGCGGAGCGCACUUGCAUACUUCGGCCACGACCUCAUUACAGCAAAGUUCGAAAAAAAUUCGAUCAAUUUCAAUUUAAAAAAAAGGUAUUUUACUUACAUUAUCAAAACGUUUUACUAAAAUUACAUUGAACAAUUGCAGAUCAAAAGCUCUCCUCUGUGAGAUUGGAGAAAGAGGCGACACAGACGACCUUCUGGCCGCCGAUCGGACGUCUCUUCUUCGCCGCCGCGCCCGCCUUCUUGACCAAAAAGUUCAUCCUUUUUCUGCGUGACGUUCCCGUUACCUUGCUUCUUAUCUGCUCGGCCUCUGCCCCACUGACCCUGACCUCGCCACGUGGCACUCUGCUGUGUUCUCGAAUCGUCCUUGUCGAACAUUCCUCGAGGAUUCAAACAUCAGAAGCAAUCAAAGUUCACCGCGAAUUCAAAAAGAUCUGGCAAACGCAGAGCGAAGGAUCGGAAUGAGUGAGUUUCGGAGGACACUCCCAGUCAGUUUGACACUCGUUCUCUUCAGAUCCAUUCGUGAUUUUUUUCUUCUUCUGACCGCUCUCGCUACGAACUCGCUCAACCACACCGACCCGAAUAAUCCGAACCCAUUCGACCGAACCGUCUCCGAUGUUCCCCGUCCGAUCAGAGCUCCGAAUGGUUAGUGGACCGAGUGGAUCACUCAUCCAACAGAUCCGUUUGCAGCCGAUCCGUUGAAGACGACCAUCGAAAAGAUGAAGACGAUCGCCAGGAUCGCGACGGGCAUCUUCCUGCAGCGGGCACUCGCCCAGAAAACCAUUAUGACCGACGCGCUCAUUUCCGAACUGCUCCGUCUGGGAAGUGUCACUCCGGCAGAUAUCAUCGGAAUCAACGGGACCGAACUGACGGAAGCACUGACUGCGCUGAAAGACCUGCCAGGUACGCUGACGGCCAACUCGAGGGCGAUGCGGUUCGCGGGUGUCUACAAGGCGCUGCACGAAGUGAAGAAGUUGGUUGACGGGAGCGGAAACAUCACUAAUUGGAGUGAGAAACGGCUCAAGGCGGACAUCGAGAAGAUGGCUCAGAACGGAAUUGAGCUGAAAUUCGUUACUCAGUUGGAUGAUUGCGGCACUGAUUGGAAAAGUACGUAUAAAAGUCUGAGUACCAUGGACUACAGUGAAGAUAGUUCUGCUGUUUUUUUUUCCCAGUUAAAAAAAGCCGCCGAUUGCUACAUUAAUGGUACAAAUCUCGUUUCUGCGGAUUUGAAAACGGUGAAAUUCGCAACAAUCGAAAGUGCCACAUCAGAAUUGUCUCCACUUUCGAAAGCAGCGAAAGGAGUCAAAAAGUACAGUGAUACAUUUGAAACUGUUGAACAGAAAUUGUCGGAUACAGCCGAUUUCGCGUCCUUCGAAGAGUACUUUCACUCCGUUUUCAAUGCUUCGAGGAAAGUUGAUGAUAUAACGAAGUACCUUGAAGUCAUCAAGAACUUUUCGAUUUCGCGUAGCUUGCCACCGCACUCCCGUCAUCUCAAUUACACCUUCGGUUUUCCAAGAGGAUAUGAUGAUUUGAAUCUCCUGUCCGACGAUCUAAAUUCUCAGUGGAUCAGUCAAGUUGCGCGGGUCGACAGUUUUAAAAUGGGUUUGCGCAGUGUGGAGUCUCUUUCGCCCUCAUUGAAAGAUAUUGAAUCGGAUUUGGGAAGUGAGCAGCAGCGAGUGGCGAUGAAACCAUUCUUCAAGUUCGCGGAGGAAUUCAGAUGCGUGCAUCUCAAGUCAAAGAAUCUCAUCGAUAAUGCCGAAGCAAUCCGAAACUGCCAUCGAUUCACUCCGGACCAGCCAAACGCCACCGAUUUUAUGAACGUGGAAUUGGAUGCGAAGGAACUUGACGCGGGGAUGGAGAGGAUCAGAAAGUCAAUGAGCGAUAUUGAAACGAAUCUGACAGCAGCUGAGGCUGGAAUUAUCAUGGUCAGAGAUAUUUGUGCAAAAGCCGAAGGAAAAAAAGGCGCCGAUCUGGAAAAGGUGUUCAAUGAGUUCAGAAACAACAAAGACAUGAACAAGACCAACGAUCUAUUGAAGAAAGUCUCUGAAAGCCUGGCAAUUGUCAAAACAGUUCAGAGGGACUCACCGAUCAAAGUCAAAGCGAAGGACUUGAGCGACAAGAUGAGUGUUAUAUUAUCAUAUCAGAAGGCAUUGAAGCUUUUCGGGACUCUGUUCAGUUGUUUGCAAGGUGUGAAGGACUACGCAUCGGUGAUGACGUUCAUUUCGAAUUCUGAAGAGUUGAAGAGCGAUCAGUCACCCUUCUCGGUGGGCAAGGUCCAACGAAUUUUGAGCGAUGUAGCUGGUACUCCUGACAAGUUGACAGCACUGAAUGACAAGAUGGGCAGUAUUGACUUCAAAACGGCGGAAUCGAACGCUCUGGAACUUCUGGAGGACCCUUCCACUCAUUCGGAAGUGAUCGGAACCGCCACGCAAGGACUCGUCGCGAUGAAGAUGUUGCUCGACAAACAGUCCGAGUUCGAGCAGAUCCCGCAGCACGUUGGUCCGAUCGGGCAGGCAGUCGCCACGACGCCGCCUCAGUUGAGCUCGGAAGACGUCAUCCAUCUGAAAUCGGUCGUCGCUCUGAGCACGAAUAUCUCGACGUUGUUCGCCGAACUGCACACGUGGAGCGAUCAGAUCGUGGAAAGUGACUCGACAGUCCUGGCCGACUACAAGAAUCUCUUUUCAAAUGCUGCGACGGUCGCCGGAAUACCUGCAGCGGAUGUGAAGGCGAUGAGUGCGGCGGUGGCCAAUCUGAAGGAUCUGACGACGGAUCCGACUGCGAGGGACGAGCUGACCAAGAUGGCGAAGUGGCUGGACAAUCUCGGUCUCAUCGGAGUUGACUUCUCCAAUUUCACAGCCAGUUUCGCCUCGGCCCCCAACUCUCUGGACCAGUUGGACGCGUUCUUCGCCGCGUUUGCCGAGCUGAUGGCCCCGCCGCUCGUCGUGCACACAGGCCCGCCUCCACAGUCACAGCAACAACAGUCGGUCCUUGCAAACACCACCAGUGGAAUAUGGAUUCCGAAUACCACCGAGACGGCCAAGUGAGUUUUUGAGAAACAUUUCUGGAAUUUAUAAUUUUAUGGUUUCAGUAGUGCUACGCUGGCCUGGAUUCUCGGAAGUCUCGGAGGUAUUGUGCUCAUCAUCGUUGCUACGUCGUUCUAG